ACUUCUAAGAAAAGUUGAUAGAAUUUUAAUUGUGUCAAUUGCCUUCCAAUCAAGUCAAUCAAUAAAACAACCGACUCUUUACUACUGUCGGUCCGGUUGAAAAAGUUUGUUACUGUUCAAAAGUUUUAUCAUCACACUUGUGAUUAAAUUCCUCAGAUAUAUAUUACAGCAAAUUGUUUAAAACAAAGACACAAUGGAAUUGCAGUAUAAAGUACAGAAUUAUGAUUGGGGUAAACUGGGCACAGUUAGUACAGUUGCAAAAUUUUUGUCCAGUGCUGACCCAAAUGCCACCAUAGACCCAGAAAAGCCCUAUGCUGAGUUGUGGAUGGGAACACAUCCUAAUGGCCCAUCUCUUAUCUUGGAAAGAAAUGUGUUGUUGUCGGAGUAUAUUAAAGACAACCUGGAUGCCAUUGGGCCGGCAGUGAAGAGGAGGUUUGGAGUAGCCGUGCCCUUUCUGUUCAAAGUCUUGUCAAUCCGCAAAGCCUUGUCUGUGCAGGCUCACCCAAACAAGGAACAAGCAGAAGAUCUCCACAGAAACUUCCCAGAUCUGUAUAAGGACCCCAACCACAAGCCUGAACUGGCCAUAGCACUGACAUCAUUUGAGGCUCUCUGUGGAUUCCGGCCUUUAGAGGAGAUCCAAAACCAUCUUAGAAAAUUGCCAGAGCUGACUAGGAUAUUAUCAGAAGAAAGUGUGAACACUUUCCUCGCUCACAAGGAAUCUGGGGAAAGUGGCGUUGCUCUUAAGCAAGUGUUCAGCUCGUUGAUGACGUGUGACAAGGCAGCUGUAGCUGGCAGUUUGCAGAGUUUGCUGGAUAGGUUAGAGAAGGAAGAAUCAUCCCAAUCCUCUCUCCUGUACCCUCUGCUUCGGCGCCUGCAUACUGAAUUCCCGGGCGACGUGGGUUGUUACGCGCCGUAUUUCAUGAACUACCUGCAAUUGCGGCCCGGCCAGGCCAUAUUCCUGAACGCUAACUUGCCACAUGCCUACAUCAGCGGAGAUUGCAUAGAAUGCAUGGCAUGCUCCGACAACGUGAUUCGCGCGGGCCUAACGCCCAAGCUCAUCGACGUACCGCGCCUGCUGGAGAUGCUGGACUACAGCAGCUACACGACCGACCACCUGCUCUUCAGCCCGCAGCUGGAAGACGGGAACAGCUGCAUAUGGCGCCCGCCCGUGCCGGACUUUGCUGUCGUUAAGAUCCGGGUCGAGAGCGGAGACAGCUACAACACCGCAAUCCGCGCUAGCCCAAGCCUACUAAUAGUAACCUCAGGUACCGGAUCCGCCUGCGACACGGAGCCGGUACGAGCGCGGCCCGGCGUCGUACUGUUUCUUAAAGCCAGUCGUCAACUCACACUCACACCCGACGCUGGGAGCCAUUUGGAGCUAUACCAGGCCAUAUGCAACGUUUAAGAAUUAUUAAGUCCUUUUAUAUGCCUGCUGUUGGCUGGCGAGCUUGGGAUACUUACCAUAUUUUAUUUUCCAGACUGUUUAAAGAGGCUAUAGUAAAACUCUUAUUGAACUCACGUGUUUUACAUCACUGGGGCCCAUUUCUCGAACGAUAUUAGACUAAUAUUAUUAGUGUGUUGCUAUGGAAACUCAUACGAUUUGACAGUUCGUGGACUAAUAAUAUUGGUAUAAUAGGUACCUUUCGAGAAAUUAUUUCUCAAAUUAUAGCCGUAUGCGUAAAAUACAAGAAUUCAACCGUAACGUUUUAUAGGUUUAUUUUGCUUAUGAAAUGAGUGAUGUCAUUCGAUUUACAUGUUAGUGUUAAGAAUAUUAUUUUAGAUUCAUUUUAGAUUUAUAUUAGCUCAAUUUUAUUAGCCUUGAUUACACAAGCAACGAAAACAGGUCACUUUUUGUGAAGAAUUUUAUUCAGUGACCCAUUCUUAUUACUCGUAAGUGUGUAUUGUUUAUGUGUAAAAUGUACGUACCUAACUUAGAGAUUUUAACAUUCCCUUUGCUGUAAUCUGGAUUAGACCAAUGUAAAAUAAAUCAUCACAAUAAUAGUAUAUUUUGUUGUAUAGUAAUAAAUAAUAGUAUAUUAUAUUAUACAUGACUGUUAAAUAUUCGAAUAUUAAUGUUUAUCUCAAUAUAGGCUAAAAUAUAUCCGCUUGUUUUUAUAUUAGGUACCUAGUAAGACGUUAAAAACUAGCAACACAUGAAAUGUCAUUUUAGUCUACGGAAUAAAGAAACAG